UUCCAGUCAUGUUUAUCUUGGUCCGUGAGUCGUGACUCGUGACCCGUGUCAUUUAAACUUGAGUAGUCGAGUCUGUUUUCGGGCGGCAAGACGAGCAAUAAUUGGUGUCCAUUCCAAUAUUUCGAAUACUAUCGAAUAAAUCAAAACCAUUGAAUAGUUCAAAUGAUCCGGACUAUCGAAUAAUUCGAUACUACCCAUCAAUAGUCGUAUUAGGACCAAAAGAAAAGUCAUUAAAAACCGUCAAAAGACUGAAGAUCGAUAUUUGAUUUGACCGAAUAAUUUUAGUAUAUCACUAAAUCAUUCGGUCGCGAUCCGGUUACUCGACAGAUUCGUUAAUUUUGAUUCAUUUAGUCGCGAGUCGCGACCAUCGAAACUCUAAGUAUGAUCCCCGAACCACUCGACGUCAGUUUUGUCAUCGAAGAGCUUGAAAACGACGAGAUCCAAGAAGGCAGUCUGACAACCGAACAGUACACCAAAUUGUUUUCCGCCUACUUGUACACCAAUGAACUGUGUGCCGCCAAAUUCUUGUGGCGCCGUGUGCCCGAGUCAAUCAAGUCCGAUCCUGAAUUGCAUAAAGUCUGGUCGAUUGGCAAAGCCCUCUGGACGAAACAUUACACACAAGCAUAUGAACUGAUUGACUGCAAGUGGUCCAAUGUACUAGAGCCCAUCAUGAUUGCAAUCAAACGUCGCAUCCAACAGGACACAUUGAAGUUCAUUAGUAUGCACUAUGAAAACAUACAACUUGACAAAUUUCAAACAUUCAUGGGUGUAGACAAAGAACAAGCUGAGAGAAUAGUGGAAAGUGAAGGUUGGACAUGCAAAAAUGGUUAUGUAAUGCCAAUAGCAAUCAAUGAAUCCGAUUUGGGAUUAGGUGGUAGUCAAGAUAUUCUGGAUAGAUUAGUGACUCUAUCAUCAUUUACGUCUUAUAUUGAAAAUUGAAUCAAUUUACUGUUUGUGUAUUUAAUUAAUUUAAGUCUGAUCCUAACCUAUUAAAAUAAGAU